AUGUCAACAGCACAUCACGAGCAGCCUGGAGGAGCACGCCUGAAGCCUGGAGCACGGGCAGCAGCAGGGUGCUGCUUGGGGCGAAGGCGUGGCGAAGGAGCCGCAGGUUCUGCCAAGGAGGAGGAAGCAUUGAGCUUGAAUGUGGGCGUGGUAGAGGACAUGUGGGCUGUGGCAGUAUGGCGGUCUACCACCACCAAGUACUCAAGAUGGGCUGCUGCUGUUCUUGGCUCCGUGGUGGGGUCUGGAAGGCGCCUGGGCACAAGCAGGACAGAGUGGCCUCCUGCAGGCGCUGUGUCACUGUGGCAUGAUUGCAUGCACGAUGAUCUGGUGAUCGUUCUCGCUGACGACAAGCUCUAUGGCAGGAGGAAGCUUCUGAGCAUCUGCGAUGAGGCUGUGUGCUGCGGUGCUGAAAGAUCAGUAUCAGCUGGGAACCAUCCUCGAACCGUAUCCUUCCAGAGCGUGAUCCUGCCAAUGCUACAAGUCAUUUGUCAGCCUGCGUUUUUCAACAACCCGGCAUCAAGCAAGGUCAACACGACCCUUGCAGCCAUCGCCGAGGUGGACGGCUUUCAAGAGUACCUCGUCGCCUGCAUGAGGCUGCUAACCCAGCGCGGCAUGAUCCGCGAUCUGGGGAGAGCAGACGUGAGAGGAGACGAUGGAGGGAUGAGAGAGUGGGAUGUGGCGUUUGGCGUCGUGCUCAGCUGCUUCCACGCGACCAUGCUGCGCUUCCACGCGACCAUGCUGCGCUUCCACGCGACCAUGCUGCGCUUCCACGCGACCAUGCUGCGCUUCCACGCGACCAUGCUGCGCUUCCACGCGACCAUGCUGCGCUUCCACGCGACCAUGCUGCGCUUCCACGCGACCAUGCUGCGCUUCCACGCGACCAUGCUGCGCUUCCACGCGACCAUGCUGCGCUUCCACGCGACCAUGCUGCGCUUCCACGCGACCAUGCUGCGCUUCCACGCGACCAUGCUGCGCUUCCACGCGACCAUGCUGCGCUUCCACGCGACCAUGCUGCGCUUCCACGCGACCAUGCUGCGCUUCCACGCGACCAUGCUGCGCUUCCACGCGACCAUGCUGCGCUUCCACGCGACCAUGCUGCGCUUCCACGCGACCAUGCUGCGCUUCCACGCGACCAUGCUGCGCUUCCACGCGACCAUGCUGCGCUUCCACGCGACCAUGCUGCGCUUCCACGCGACCAUGCUGCGCUUCCACGCGACCAUGCUGCGCUUCCACGCGACCAUGCUGCGCUUCCACGCGACCAUGCUGCGCUUCCACUCCCUGUUCGCUCCUGCACAGGCCAGCAGGGACCUGCAGGAGCUGGAGGGCAUGCUGGAGAGGUGGCAGAGCGAGCAGCCGGUGUUUGACGGCCGGUACCACCAUCUGCGGUCGGUGAUCUACCGGCUGCAGAGGGCUGUUGAUAUCUCAGUGGCGCCAACCAUGCAGGAGGUUCUCUGCAAGGCAUCACCAUACCUGCCGCACAACCACGCCAGCGAGCCACACCACCUGCCUGCGGGCUCGGUGGGCCGGCACGUGGACAUCCAGUUCCGCCUGCUGCGCCACGACCUCAUCGCCCCCCUCUGGAGCAAGGCUCUCUUUCUUUUCCACCGCCUCAACCACGAAUCCUCCACCGCCACCCGUGGCGAUGGCAGCAGCAGCAGCUGGAGGAGUGGAGGCAGCAGCAGCAGCAGCAGGGAGGAGGCGAUGGGGCUGGUGCGGGCGGACAGGGAGGUGGUGAGGGGUCUGACGGAUGACAUGAAGGGCGUCGUGGGGUUUUCAUCUGAGGACAUGGACGUGUAUCUGCUCAGAGACGUGCACGUGCUGUCUAUUAACACUGAUAAGCGAAACGGCGUCUACUUUCUGAUUGACUUUCUGGAGCCUCCCAUGCCGCGUGGCCGGCGCUCUCGUAACAGUCAGCAGCACCGUCACAGGGAGCCCAUGGAACAAGGCAGCGCAGCAGAUGCAUCCUGCUCUCACCGGCUGGUAUUCGCCACCAUCACAGCGAGGGACACGGAGAGGCUCGCCACUGCCCGGCCUCAGAUUGGCGUGCAGCCGUGUGGGGGGAACGGGUUCAGUGCAGACCUGCUGGGGCUGAUCGCCCGAGACGGCAGUGCGGGGACUGCUGCAGGGGGUGCUGCAGGGAGUGGUGGGAGUGGGGGCAGCACCUAUCCUGACGUGCGCGGCAUGGCGGUGAACCUGCACUUCUGGGACCACGACUGCCCUGAGAGCGGCUUGGACAACUUCAACGAGGGCAAGUCCAAGAGCAACGAGGGCGAGGCAGCCCUGGUGGUGGGGCUCGCCACGUACCUCCUACAGCAGGGGUACACGGGAGGGGAGAUCACCAUCCUCACGCCCUACGUGGGCCAGCUGCUCAAGCUGCGCCAGGCGCUUUCUCAGGUGGUGGAUGUGAGGCUGGGGGAGAGGGAUGCGGAGGUGGUGGAGGAGGCGGAGGAGAAGGGUGGAGCUGGGGAAGGUGGGGCUGAGGCGGGGGAGGGUGGACGUGGGGGAGGGGCGUCUGGAGGGUCGUGGGUGGCGGGGAAGGUGUUGGGGGUGGGUUUGGAUGCUGCUGCUCCCAAGGCAACGACAGCGAAUUUGAAGGAUGCAGUGCGGUUGGCCACGGUGGACAAUUUCCAGGGCGAGGAGAGCACGGUGGUGAUCAUAUCCCUCAUGCGCAACAACAUGGACGGCAAGAUUGGCUUCCUCAAGAGCCCCAACCGCACCAACGUGCUGCUGUCUCGCGCCAAGCAUGGCAUGUAUAUCAUCGGCAACGCCAGCACCAUGAGAGCGAGCUCCAAGUCCGUGCUCUGGCCGCGAAUCCUGACCAUUCUGCAGAGCAGGGGGCGCGUGGGGGGAUCCAUUCCGCUGCGGUGUGUGAACCACAGUGACACGGUGACGCACAUUCAUGAGGCGAGGGAGUUCAGGGAGAAAGCGAGCGAGGGCGGAUGCUCCCAGAUGUGCGGCUUCCGCCUCACCCCCUGCGGCCACACCUGCCCCCGCAGGUGCCAUGGCGACGACAGGGCACACGCAAGGGCGUUCUGCCCCAAGGAGUGCAACCGGAUCCGCCCAUUGGAGGAGUGUCCGUAUCAGCACACGUGCCCCAAGCAGUGUGGGGAGCCCUGUGGCCCCUGCUCCGUCACCAUCAGAGAGCUCACCCUCCCGUGUGGCCAUCCAGCCUUCAAUGUUCCGUGCUUCCAGGCUCAGAAGCCCACCUCCAUCUUCUGCUCGGAGAGAGUGGAGGUGACGAUGCCGCUGUGCGGGCACAAGCAGACAGUGAAGUGCAGUGAGGCGGCAGCCAGGACAAGCAACCCCAAGCUCUGCACGGCUCGCUGCGGGGCUGUGCUCUCAGAUUCCUGUGGGCACACCUGCAUCUCCCCUUGUGGCCACUGCAUCCUUGACCCAGCUGCCACCACAGAGCCCCAGCAGGCACAGGCACACCAGCAGCAGCAGCAGCAGCAGCAGCAGCAGCAGCAGCAGGUGCAGCAGCAGCCAGCAAGGAAGCACAGGAAGUGCAUGCAGCGGUGUGAGCGGCCCCUCCCCUGCGGCCACCUGUGCCCGGACACCUGCCACAGCGACCGACCCUGCAGCCCCUGCACCAAGAAAUGCCUCGUGGCCUGCCAGCACAGCUCCUGCCCGCAGCCCUGCCACCGCACCUGUGCCCCGUGCGCCGAGCCUUGCGGGUGGCGCUGCAUUCACCAAGGGGCGUGCUCCCUCCCCUGCGGCGCCCCCUGCGACCGCCUCCCCUGCGAGGAACGGUGUGAGAAAACGCUCAAGUGCGGCCACCAGUGUCCGUCUCUCUGUGCUGAGAAAUGCCCUUCGGCGGCGUUUUGCACGGCUGCUGGGUGUGGGGCAGCGGAGAAGAAAGGGUUGACAGUGGAUCUAGUCACACUGGAGACGCUGGGGGAGAUUGAACCGGAUGAGAGCCCUGUGCUUGUACUGGGAUGCGGACAUGCUUAUACGGUGGAUACUCUGGAUGGCCACAUGGGGUUGAACCAAGUUUAUUUAGACGCGGAUGGUGGGUCUGAUGGGGUAACUGGGGGUGCGAGUGGGUCUAGUGGGAUGAGCGCAGGUGGAGGGAAGUGUGGGCGCAAGUGGGUGGCAGUGCUACCGUUUGAGGAUGGUGAUUUGUCUGCUCUCAAGGGCUGCCCAGAGUGCCGUCAGCCUAUCACAGGGCUCCGCCGUUAUGGCAGGAUGGUGAACAAGGCCCUGCUGGACCAAUCAGAGCGCAAGUUCGCUCUCAGCUGCUUGGCAGACCAAGAAGCGGUGCAGAGGAAGCUAGCCCGGUUGAGCCAGGUGAUUUCCUCACUCACAGAAUCCGCUCAGCCAAGGCGACUGCAGGAGGUAGCUCAGGCGGCAGCACGCCUGGUGCAUGAGACAGGCCAGCUGUGUGCCACCGCUGGGAACCCACCAACGCAGCAGACCUACCAGGCCUCUGUAGCGGCCCUACAGAGACGACACUACAUGCUUGGGCAUAGGUCAUUCGCCAUUGAUAGCAGGAAGGGCAGGCAAGGGCGUGUGGGGUCGUCUGAGUCCACAUGGGAGGAGAAGUGCCAGUUGCUGUAUGUCCCCCACCCGGAUCCACGCCCCCUCUGUGAAGCGCGCAUGAUGCUAGGGAAGGCCUUCCAGCUGCUAAUGGCAGCAAACUUCCUCCAACUGCGGAACCUCCUGGGGAAUCUCCGGAGGACUCUGGCUGGCGCGAGCGGGGAGAGCAGCAGCAGCAGCAGCAGCAGCAGCAGGAGGAAGGUGGUGUAUCUGACGCUCUGUGUGGAGAGGUGCAGGGAGGUGGUGCGGACGAGUGUGAGGAGCGCGGAGAGGCAUGUGGGGGAGGCGGUGGAGUGGGCUGGGCGGCGCAAGGCGGUGCGGCUGGAGGCGAGGGCACGGCUGGAGCUGGUAGAUGUGUUGUGUGCGUUCGUGCAGGGCUUGAUGGCGGAACGCCUGCUCUCUAACACCCCGGCUGCCCUGGAUAUGGCAAAGAGGCAGCAGCUGGAGUAUCUGGAGAAGGCCAGGACACAGUGUGGCAUGGUGGCCAAUCACCACUUGCUCUCCAUCAGAGUCGAGGCCAGCCUUGGAGAAAGCGCUCGGAAGCUGCUCGAUGAGGAGCUACCUGCCCUGGAAGCAUCUGUUGAGGACGCGCCACGUUACUUCGCGCUGACGGAGCGUGAGAAGGGUGAUGUGUACAGAGCGAUUGGUCUGGGAGGAGGGCACUGCGAUGCCGCGUCCAGGAAGGCGUUUUCCGGCGAGAAAGUUGCGGGAUUUGCGCAGUCGGGGCUGAAAGGCAAGGCCUUGAGAUGCGAGUCUAAGAAGGUCGCGGUGCGCGCAGCCAAGAAAGCUGCCGUUUCCGCCGUUCUCGCCGAAGCCACACCACAGCAGUCUGUGGCAAGGACAAAGCGCGCCGAUCCCAAGUCGGUCGUCUCGGUGAUUCUCGGUGGAGGUGCAGGCACGCGUCUCUUCCCUCUCACCAAGACCCGCGCCAAACCCGCGGUGCCCAUCGGCGGCGCGUACCGGCUGAUCGACGUGCCGAUGAGCAACUGCAUCAACAGCGGCAUCAACAAGGUGUACAUCCUCACGCAGUUCAACUCCGCCUCGCUCAACCGUCACUUGGCGCGCACCUACAACUUCGGCAACGGCGUCAACUUUGGCGACGGAUUCGUCGAGGCUCUUGCGGCCACCCAGACCCCUGCGACGGGCUCCAACUGGUUUCAAGGAACCGCCGAUGCCGUGCGGCAGUUCUCCUGGCUCUUCGAGGAUGUGAAGAACAAGCACGUGGAGGAUGUGGUCAUUCUGUCCGGCGACCAUCUCUAUCGCAUGGACUACAUGGACUUCGUGCAGAAGCACAAGGACACCAACGCCGACAUCACCAUCUCCGUUCUGCCCAUGGACGACAGCCGCGCGUCCGACUUCGGGUUGAUGAAGAUCGACGAGUCCGGCCGCGUCGUCAGCUUUGCGGAGAAGCCCAAGGGUGCCGACCUCAAGGCCAUGGAGGUGGACACGUCGAUUCUCGGCAUUUCCAAGGAGGAGGCGGCAAAGUUCCCCUACAUUGCGUCAAUGGGCAUCUACGUCUUCAAGAAGGACAUCCUGCUCAAGCUCCUCAGGUGGCGCUUCCCCACGUCCAACGACUUCGGCGGAGAGAUCAUCCCCGCGUCGGCCGCCGAGUACAACGUGCAGGCAUACCUGUUCGGCGGGUACUGGGAGGACAUCGGAACCAUCAAGUCCUUCUUUGACGCCAACCUCAACCUCACCGACACUGACGCCAAGUUCAGGUUCUACGACGCGGCCAACCCCAUCUACACGUCGCCGCGCUACCUGCCGCCCACGCAGAUUGAACGCUGCCAGGUGAAGCGGUCGAUUAUCUCACACGGGUGCUUCCUGCGCGACUGCACGGUGGACCACUGCAUCGUGGGCAUCCGUUCCAGACUCGAGAACGGCGUCAUUCUCAAGGACACCAUGGUGGUGGGGGCUGACUUUUACGAGACGGACGCGGAGAGGGCCGCGCUGCUGGCCGCAGGCAAGGUGCCAGUGGGCAUUGGCGCCAACACCAUCAUCAGCAACGCCAUUGUGGACAAGAACGCACGCAUCGGACAGAAUGUUAUCCUGGAGAACAAGGACCAUGUGGAGGAGGCAGAUCGGUCAACGGACGGCUUCUACAUUCGCUCGGGCAUCACAGUGGUGCUCAAGAACGCUACCAUUGCCGAUGGCACCGUCAUCUAA